AUGUCAUCUUAUUCUAGAAAAUUUAAAGGUUGGAAUUGUAGUGUGGAGUCACCAGAUAAUGAUGAUAAAAGUGAUGUUAUUACACCGAGAAGAUCAAGAAGAACUAGACAACAACAAGAUUCAAAUUCAAAUACAUCUGCAUUAACUGAUAAAAUUACAUUAGAAAGAAUAAAUGAUGGUUUAAUUUUACAAAUUGGUGAUUGUAUUUCAGUUAUUCAAGAUGGUGCUCAAGAAAAAUUAGUUACCGUACAUUGUAUAAUUACUGAUAUUAGAAUUGGUAUAAGUGAUCCAGUUGAAAUCAUUGGUUUGUGGUUUACUUCAAUUGAUGAUAUUAAAAAUGUUCCAGAUUAUAUAAAAGCAAAGGAAAAUGAAAUUUAUUUGACUCCAGCAUCUGAUAAAAUCAAUUUUGGUGAUAUUUUGGAUAAAAUUAAUGUUUAUUCGAAAGGUGAAUUUGAAGACAUUACAAUUGAUGAAUCAAAUUGUAAAGAUACUUUUAUGUGCAGAAGAGCAACUGAUGAAUCUACAAAAUUUAGUGAAGAAUUUGAUUAUAGAGAAUAUGAAACAAUUUGUAAAAUGACUGGACCAAAUUUUAGAAAAUUUAUAGAAUCUAAAUUAUUCGAAAAACAAGAGAAAGAACAAACUACUGAAAAAACAAGAGAAGGUGCUAAAAGCAGACAACAAGAAAGGAAAAUGAAAGAAAAUAAAACAUUAGAAAGAGCUUCAGAUUUUGAAUUAAGUACUAGUUCAAGUCCACAACCUCGUAAUGGUGUUAAUAAACCAAAAUUUGAUAGAUCAAAAGCAUCUACGGAAGAGAAAAGAUUAAGAUUAGAGGCUAUAAUGGCAAAAUCAAAUAAAGGUCAAGAACGGAAAGAAAGAGGAUCAGCAAAUGUUAUAAAUAUUGACGACGACGAUGAUAUCAUUGAAAAGCAUGUUGAAGAUAAUGCUGCAAGUAGUGAUGUAAGUGACCAACAGCAACAACAAUCAGACCAUGAACCAGAUGUUGAAGAGAUUGGUUAUUCUACAGGGAGGCGACGAACCAGAGCUGGAUCAAGAUAAUUACCCAGAGAGCUCGGGUGAUGAUGAAGAUGAUGAAUUUGAGAGUGACUAUGAUGAAAAACCAAAAAGAAGAUCAGUUUCAAGAAAAUCUCCAUCCAAAUCUAUACCAACAACACCAAAAAAAUCAAAGAAUCAUAAUUUAUAUGCUGCAUUAACACCAACUAAAAGAUUUAAAAUUAUACAAGAAGAUGAUGAUUCUAAAUUACAUCAGAAAUUAUCACCAACCAAAAAGAGAAAAAUAGUUGCAUUAACUGACCCAACUUCAGAAGCCUUUAAAGAAAUGAGAGCAAAAUUACAUACAUCACAAAAAUUAAAUGCAUUACCAGGUAGAGAAAAAGAAUUCGAUUUUAUAUUCAUGAAUAUUCAAGAUUCAAUUCGAUAUCAAACUGGUUGUUGUAUAUAUGCAAGUGGUGUACCUGGAAUGGGGAAAACAGCAACCAUUAAAGAUGCAAUCGAACAAUUACAAGAAUUUGAAAAAUUCGAAUUUCUAGAAUUGAAUGGCUUACGUUUAUUGACUCCAACAAUUGCUUAUGAAAUAUUAUGGAAAAAAAUUAGUGGUGGUGAUAAAGUUUCUUCAACAAAUGCUGCAAUUUUAUUAGAAGAGUAUUUCAAAAAUGAAGAUAAGAAAAGAAAACCAUUAGUCAUAUUAAUGGAUGAAUUAGAUCAAAUUGCUCAUGCACAAAAGAAACAAGAUGUAAUGUAUAAUUUUUUCAAUUGGCCAACUUAUGAACAUUCAAAAUUGAUUGUUAUUGCUGUUGCAAAUACUAUGGAUUUACCAGAAAGAAAUUUAUCAAAUAAAAUAUCAUCAAGACUAGGAUUAAGAAGAAUUCAAUUUAAAGGGUACACAUUUGAUCAAUUGGCAAAAAUAAUUGAACAUAGAUUAGAAAUGAUUUCAAGAACUCAUAAGAAGAAAGUCAUAAUUAAGAAAGAUGCAAUUGGAUUUGCAGCUAGAAAAGUUGCAAGUGUUUCUGGUGAUGCAAGAAGAGCAUUAAAUAUUUGUCGAAAAGCAGUUGAGAUAGCAGAAAUUGAGCAUAGUAAUAAAGAUUCAAAUGAUGAUUUGAAACCUUGUGAAGUUUUAAUUUCACAUAUUGCUAAAGCUAUUAAAGAAACUAUAAAUUCACCAUUAUCUAAGUUUGUAUCUGGUUUACCAUAUGCUUCCAAAUUAUUUUUAGCUUCUGCUUUAUUAAGAAUUAGAAGAAGUGGAUUAGCUAUAAACGAAUUGGGAGAUAUAAUUGAUGAGAUGAAAAACAACCUUACAUUAUCAAAUGAAAAAGAUACAUUUGAUUUAUUAUUCAAGAAUUCAAACGGGUUUAGAAUUUUACAUUUUCAACAGAUUGUAAAGUCAUUAGUAGAAUCGGGAAUAAUUUUGACAAAUAAUGCUCAAUUUGAAAGAUCAAAAUUGAUAGAUCUCAACGGUAAUGACGAGGAAAUAAGUUCAGUUCUUAAGAAUGAUAAUGAAUUAUGUAAAUCAAUAGAAUUAUAA